GCCGAGGGCGGCUGACGUGGCAUCUCAGGCCGUGCAAUGCAUUCAUUCUGAACCAAACAUCACAUCGGCAGGUCCGCAGAAUGCAAACCUCGGAAAUCUGGGAGGCUGGAUGGUGUUAAGUAUCCAAGUUUCGGUGGAUUGAGGUGCAGAUGAGGUCUUUUUGCGUGCGUCGCGUAAGAAGAAGUUGGUUCGGGGCUUUAUCCGACGGCUGAGAUACGAAGUGAGAUUGGGAAGUCCGUGACGAAUCAUACUCAGGUAGGCUAAAUCUCACGCAACAAUUCGAUAGAUUGGCAUUUUAAAGGUUCUAGUCUCCUGCUUCUACAGCUGUAGUCUACCACUUUUUAAUUUUGUAUCUGUACGCUCUUUGCUCAAAAUUGCUCAUGAUCUCAUCAACUCAAAGAUCCACGCAACCAGCAAAGACGCAUCUCGACAUGAUGACAACUAUACCCGCGAGCACAUAUCUCAUUGUCAGUGCUGCUUUCCAAGAUGCAGGCGACACAACCCGAGCCAUAGCGUUGGCCCUUGCCUUGCGCGAGUAUUGUCCCAAGGGACAUGAUCUCAAGAUUGACUUCCUCUCUUGCGGAAGUCGCUUCGAGCCCAUCAUCCAGAAUGCUGGCUUCAACGUCGUCCCUUGCCAGCCCCGUGUGCCCGGUCUCAGCGUCGCCGACGACCUGGAAUGGGACUUUCCCGAGUUCAUCGGCUCUGAAGCGCUCGCCAAAAACUUCAUCGAGGGCCAGCUGGAAGCCCUACGAAGAUUAAAGCCAGAUGUGGUUUUGCACGGCAUGUGGCCAGCUACCAGUCUUGCGGCUCGUUUGCUUGGCAUCCGUACCAUCUCGUUUCUCCCGCUGCCACUGCACCCAGCCAGCUUUUCGAACGGCCUCAUCCGCGAUCUACCGGACAUGAUACCGCUUUUUACCCGUCUCCCUCGUCCAGCAAGGCAGUGGCUUGCCUGGCACCUUAGUCACUUGAUGGUCUAUGCGCCGAUCUUCCGCCAACAUCGCAUCGGUGCCGCUGCCGCCGCUUGUGGCUGGCCCAUCAAAGGCCCCUUGAGCUUGUUUGAUAUGGCCAAAGCCGAUCUCAACCUCGUCAACGACCUACCUGAAUUUCAUGCCGACUAUUCUUAUCGACUUCCUGAAGACGUUGUCAUCACUGGACCGCUGUUUGCUCGGAUCCACGACACCAAAGAGCUUGAUCAAGAUAUCGCUGCCCAUCUUCACAAUGAUCACGGCCCUUCCAUUCUCGUUACCAUGGGCAGCUCAGGAACCAAGGACAUGGUGUUUGAGGCUAUCCGAGCUUUGAUCCUGGACCGACAUGAUAACUGGAAGGCAGUCGUCCUGGCUGCUCCAGCUAUCUGCUCGAUAGAGGAAGCCCGUGCCGUGGCCAACGACGACCCUCGAUUACUGGUCACCGAUCGAUUCAUUCCCGCUCCCGAAGCCACCCCACUGGCAGAUGUUGUUAUCAUGCAUGGCGGUCAGGGAACGGUACAGACCGCCAUCGCAGCAGGGACACCAGUCGUGGGGGUGGCAUUGCAAGUCGAGCAGCAGACAAACCUCGACAAUGUGAUGAAUGCGGGAGCCGGGAUCCGGAUCCAGAGACGUAGCUGGCAUCCCCAAGCCAUUCGGGCUGCGGUAAAGACAGUGCUUGCAGACCCCACUUACAAAGUCCGGGCGAUGGAGUUGGCAGAGACGAUUCGGAAAACGGAUGGCGCACGUACAGCAGCUGAAUGCAUGUGGAGGUUUCUAUUAAAGGAUGAAUGAAUGAAUGAACGGCGUAGCAAGCGAGAGCUAGAUUUGUUAAUUGGUGUUACGCGUGGAAUUUAAUUUCUUUCAAUUUAAGAAUUGUGGUCAAUUGGAUGCUCGCAUGGAGUUUUGUAGUCUUUUGGUAAUACGACAUCAAUAUUUUUAGAUCUUCAAUUUCCUGUGCAUAUCAGUC